AUGGCCUUGAAUGAUCCUACAGAAGCGAAUGUCAAUAGCGAUCUUGCUGAUAACGAGCAAGCUACUCAGAGAAAGAGAACUUUCCGUAAGUUCACCUACCGCGGUGUUGACCUUGAACAACUCUUGGACAUGUCCUCUGAACAAUUCAUGGAAUUGGUUCACUGCCGUGCUCGUAGAAGAUUCCAACGCGGUCUUAAGCGUAAGCCUAUGGGUCUCAUCAAGAAGCUCCGUGCUGCUAAGAAGAACGCUGCUCCCGGUGAAAAGCCUGACGUCGUCAAGACUCAUCUCCGUAACAUGAUCAUUGUUCCCGAAAUGAUUGGUUCCGUUAUUGGUAUCUACAACGGUAAGACUUUCAACCAAGUUGAAAUCAAGCCUGAAAUGACUGGUCACUACCUUGGUGAAUUCUCCAUCACCUACAAGCCUGUCAAGCACGGUCGUCCCGGUAUUGGUGCCACUCACUCUUCCAAGUUUGUUCCCCUCAAGUAA